GAGGAGGAUGGCGGCCCGUCCAUGUCGCAGCCCCCCCAGGACUUCGGCUUCGGAUUCAGCCCUGGCUCGUCCCGAGGUGCCUUCGAGGAGCUAUUCCGGGAUAUGGGCGAGCUCCUAGGCGCCUUAGGGGGGUUCUGGGCUGAGCCCCAGCUGCCUUUCGAGCCCGCCCUGCCCGGCCCCGGUGAUGGCAGUGCAAGGCGACCGCUGAGGGACUCGAUGCUAAAGCAGCCGCUGGAAGAUGCUCAUCGGGCUCCUCCUGGUCUCAAGGAAGAUCAAGACCUGGACUCCCAGGUCUCCUCCGUGGGGCUGGGGACCAUCCUGAGACCCAACGAGCCCAAGUCUCACUCUUACUUCCAGAGUGUCUCUGUCACCAAAGUGACUCUCCCUGAUGGGGCAGUGGAGGAGCGCCGCACUGUGCAGGACAGCCAGGGCCGCCGGGAGACAACAGUAACGCGCCGGAGGGGGGACCAGGCCUUCAUCACCACCACCAAGGAGGAUGGGCAGAAGAAGGACUACCGGGAGGAGGUGGUCAACAUGGAUGACCGGGAGCUGGCACAGUUCGCUGGCACGUGGCCACAGCAAGAUGAGCUUCGUUCUGCCAACCUGAGCGACCCCUCAUCUGUGCUGGGCAGCUUCUUCCGACGCUGGUUCUCGAGCCGGUAGCUGUGUCCAGUCCUGACUGAGCAGCUCAUAUGAGUGACAGAUGGGUCAGAUCUCGCUGGGAAGUGGUGCCUGAGCUGGAGGCUACCCACCUUCUGCAGCACUGCAGAGUUAGAGACCCCUGUGGGGGCCAAGUGUAUGUGUGUACAGAGCAAUAAAGUCUAUUUAUGCUAAA